AUGGUCGCCUACUCCGAAGUCGAAGCGUCCAACGCGCAAAUCAACGAUGCCACAGCGCCCCGCGUCUCCGUCUUUCUCGGCGGCACCGCUGGCGUCGGCAAAUUCACCAUCACCGCCCUCGUCGGCACCGGCGCCAGCGUCAAGAUCUACCUCGUCGGGCGCAAAAGCUCGGCACAGCGCAUGCAAGCCUUCAUCCAAGAAAUGCACGCCGUGAACCCCAAAGCCCAAAUCAUCUGGACCGAGGGCGAGAUCUCCCUCCUCGCCGACGUAAAACGAAUCUGCAACGAGAUCAAGAGCAAGGAACGCCACAUCGACCUGGUCUUCCUCACGGCGGGGUACGCACCCUAUGGCGAGCGCGUCGAGACGACUGAGGGCAUCGACAUCUCGCAGAGCCUCGAGUACUACUCGCGCCUGCUCUGCGUCCAGCACCUCCUCCCCUUGUUAAACCAGGCCGAGGCCCCGCGGGUGGUGAGCGUGCUGUCGGGCGGCAUGUCGAGGGGCAACAUCGACACGGACGAUCCCGAUCUCCGGAAGCCGGGGAGCUUUGGCCUGAUGAAGGGCCAGAUGCAACUCGGCACCAUGAACUCGCUGGGGUUGGAGAAACUGGCGGACGAGAACCCGAAUGUGGUGUUCAUCCAUUCGUCGCCUGGGUCGGUCAAUACGGGGAAUCUGGGCAGGACGUUCGAUGCGAAGUCGGGCAUUCUGGCCUGGGUCUUCGAGACUAUCUUGGGGUGGUUUGUCCGCGCAUUUGCAAUGAGCGAUGAGAGGUCCGGGCAGAGGAAUCUAUUCGGGGCCACUAGCGCGGCCUUUGGCGGCCGUGGCGUGCCGUGGAAGGGCGAGCCGGCUGCGAAUUCGCGUGGUGAGCCGGCGGCAAAGAGGGGUUUGUUUCACGUUAGCUGGAACUGCAACAGCACACCGAACGAGCGUGUCAUGACUAAGCUAAGGGGGACGGCAAGGGAAAAGAUUUGGGGCCAUACCCAGGAAAUUCUACGGCCGUACCUUUGA